UCAAUCAGUCAAUUUAGUACGAAUUUGUUGUGUUCGUGUUUUAUCUUUGCUGUCUAACGAUUUAUUUAAUUUUAUGUUUUGAAUUGUGUUUUGUGAAUUCAAUUAGGAAUUGCACGUAGCUCAAAACCGUUUCAAUGAGCAACUUCAAAACGCCUCGAACUGACGAUGAGGUACUCACGUCCCCGUCCUCAGACGAGAAAAUGGACACCGGUUCUAUGUUCUCAUCUGAAUCCUUCAAAUCCCAAGACACUCCCAACUCGCUAUCCUCAGAUUUCGAGGAAGGCCAAGACCAGAACGUGCUCCGUCUGCAGAACCCAUCGGAACCAGACAAUGACAAUCUGCGUACGGCAGUCACGAAAUUUAAAUCAGAACUGAAUGAUAGCUUGAUAACAAGAAUGACAAAUCUUAACAUCGAAUCUCCAAAGGAUAUCCGGCCCAGGAACUUGGGUGUCAGCCCUCCAAAGUUCAGUUCAACCUUAACACUGACAACAAACCAUCCCCUAAUGGCUUUAGGGAGUCCCGAAGAGAACUUCCCCGAUGUAAUACCCAAAAAGUUGCACAAGAUCGAGGACGAGAAGGACCUGAGUUUGUCCAGUAUAGAAGACGAGAGACCAAAUGAGACGAACGGCUUCUACAGUCCGCAACGCAACACCUCCAAGAAUAAUUUGUAUUUCACGGAAAACUUCGUCACCGCUGAUAGUCAGAUGUUAGAUUCAAGAGAUGGUCUGACACCAGACGUCGCUAGAGUGGACAGAGAGAAGGAAGGAAGGAAACUGUUGUCAAGGUUUACUGAGGUGAAGAGAGAUGUACCUCCGCAUAGGGUGACGCGCGAAGGACCCGUGAUUAAGUAUGUAGAAAAGAGACAGAAGGAAAUGCACAGCACGCCCAAAGUGUUGGCCGUGGAUAUUCCUGAGCCCGAAGAGUUUCACUCGGGGGUGGCCGAAUGGUGCGAGAGUCCAUCCCACCUCCGAGCGAUCCCCAACUUCGAGCUGCCCAUAGAGCUGUCCAGCAAUAUAAGUAUUAACAAUGGCCCGGAGUCCCCCGACGUGGUGUCGUCGUCCACGGCGGAGGACCGGUCCGCGUACCAGGCGCUGCUCGACCCCUACACGGGCAGCGUGGCGCUCCGCCCCACGCCCGUCAAGGCGCCCACCACGCAGAGGCGGAAGAUAAAACUGCCCCCCGAAGAAGACCGCUGCAGCCUGGACAGCGUCAGCGCAUGCUCAAUGGAGUCGGAGGAGGAGCCACCCGAGCCCGAGCCGUCGGCGGAGCCGCCGCCGCAGCCGCCGCCGGCGCAUAGCGACGACGAAGACACCAGAAGGUCGAGGUCGACGAACACGCUGAGCGAGUGCAGCGACCCGAUCCCGGAGUACUCGGCGGCCGAGGAGCUCAGCAACGAGCGCUCGUGGCUGAGCGUGCCGCGGGCCGGCCGACACCACACCUGCGACAUGAAGGUGAUCGAGCCGUACAAACGCGUCAUAUCCCACGGCGGCUACGAGCCCCGCGGCGCCGCCGUGAUCGUGUUCAGCGCCUGCCACCUGCCGGACAGCGCGCGCCCGGACUACCGCUACGUCAUGGACAACCUGUUCCUCUACGUGAUAUGGACCCUGGAGCGGCUGGUGACGGACGAAUACGUGCUGGUGUACCUGCACGGCAGUGCCGGCAGCCGCAAGAUGCCCACCUUCCACUGGCUGCACGAGUGUUACAAGCUCAUCGACAGGAGGUUAAGGAAAAGCUUGAAGCAUCUGUACUUGGUGCAUCCGACCUUCUGGCUGAAGUCUUUCGUCAUAUUGACCAAACCAUUCGUGAGUUCAAAAUUCUUCCGUAAACUGAGCUACGUACGGAACUUAGACGAGUUAAUGCGACUAGUUCCGGUCGAGCCCAACGCCAUACCGGACCAGGUGAAACUCUUCGACGCCGGCAGACGGUAGGAGCUGCGUCCCAGCAAGGUACACGAUGCCUCGGGACGUGGUCGUGGCUCAUUUUAUAAGUGAUAUAAACGCUAAUGCACAUACGAGGCUGUCUCGUCCGUUUCAUAUUUGGUGAUCUGUUAACGCAAGGUCCCAGGUUCGAUUCUGAAAUAAUUAGAUAGGUGUCCGUCUUAGGUUAUAUACAUAUUUAGAUUAUAGGCGACGGUUACCGCUUUCCAUCAGGUGGGCCGUCAGCUUGUUUGACAUUCUAAGUUGUAUAAAAAAAAUAUAGAUAGAUAGAUAGUGCGUCGAGCCACAAAAACGGGUCAACUUUUUGUCGGCUAAUUGUCAAAUUGGCUGACUCGUUUGUUGUAUCAGUGUUCUAUAUACUUACGCACACAAUGUACCUUGACGUGUUUAUAUUUAAUUAUUUAAUAAAUAAAAUGAGUGUUUAUGUAUUUAAAAAUGCAGGAAUUAUAAGACAAAUAUAGAAGUUAUAAAGGAAUCACUCUUAACUAUUGUUUUUUGAUGGGUGAAAAUGAUAUGGUAACCCCGCCUGCGCUAACGGGAUACGCUGGCGGAGCACCAGUGAAGGGUGAUAGGUGAGGAUGAAACAGGCCAGUUAGCACAUCAUGAUGAAUUCAUCAGGAAUUAACCAUGAUAUUUUCCAGGGGGAACCGCGAGGAGGUGGACCUGGUUGGGUAUAUUGCUAGCAAUGGGAUUCUCAGUCUCCAUUACUGACAAUCCCUUUCCCCCCACUCGUAACUGUUUAUCACGCAAAAUUGUAUGAAAAAGUUGAGCCGUUUUUCUCGAAGCAAUUGUAUGGAGACACUGUAUAUAUAUAAUCUAAGGUGUUCACAUUUCUGUAUUAAUUUGAGGGUAGAUAAAUAAUGUGUUAUUUGUUGGUUUAUUUGUGAGUUUAUUAUUUAAAAUUACUUUGUUUUUUCUUUUCACGAUGAGGCAGUCAGUCUGAUGGCUCGCUCUAAAGAAAUUGUUAUAGUAAUGGACAAUAAUUUGUUUUUUUUUUAUCUACAAUUCGUUAUAAUGAAAAAAUAUAAACAAUUUUUUUUUAAAUUUCUUUUUUACGUUUAUAAAGACGUGUCAUUGUAAUAUAUUUUUUUCUGAAUUAAAAUUUUUUAAUUUUCUAAAACUGUGUGCAAUCUAAGGAUAUA